AUGGCAUCAACGUAUUCGAUUCCAUCGGAGGUGCAGGUCCUGUCAUCCAUGAAUGGUGAGACUCUCCGCAUCGCCAACAUUGGCCACGUUCAAAAUGAGCUUCGGACUAUCUACGAUCUUGCUCCCCACCGUGUCAUCACCCUUGACCUUAAUGCUAAGCAUACUGCCGAAGCCUUGGUUGAAGGAUCCUCAGCCUGUGUGUGGGUUGGAUGGGAUUCUGAAACCGGCCACAUAACCUAG